AAAUUUUGACGUCAUUUCUUCUGUAGUAAGCCGGCCACGUCAACUUCGAGAAAAAAGACCACCUUUUCAGAGUAAAGCUGACAAGAUGGCCACGUUGGCAGAGCAGCCAUGUUAUACCCUGAUCAACAUUCCCUCUGACGCAGAGCCUCCAACUGAGUUGCAGCUUAGACAGGAUUUAGAAAAAGGAGACAUUAAGACCAAGACAGAGGCACUGAAAAAGACAAUCCAACAGAUUCUGAAUGGAGAGAAACUCCCCUCUUUGUUGAUGGCUAUUAUUAGAUUUGUCAUGCCAAUCCAGGAUCACAUGAUCAAGAAGUUAUUGCUGAUCUUCUGGGAGGUGGUCCCUAAAUAUACACCUGACGGCAAGAUGUUACACGAGAUGAUUCUGGUCUGUGAUGCCUACAGAAAGGAUUUGCAGCAUCCCAAUGAGUUUAUCCGAGGCUCCACCCUGAGGUUCCUGUGUAAGUUAAAGGAGGCGGAGCUGUUAGAGCCCCUGAUGCCCGCCAUUAGACAGUGUCUGGAGCAUCGACACUCCUAUGUCAGAAGGAAUGCUGUACUGGCUAUCUAUACCAUCUACAGGAACCAUGACUCCCUGAUCCCAGAUGCACCUGAACUGAUUGCCAAGUUCUUGGAGGGAGAGCAGGAUAUGUCCUGUAAGAGAAACGCCUUCAUGAUGCUGAUCCAUGCAGAUCAGGAGAGAGCCCUGAACUACCUGAGUAGCUGUAUUGACCAGGUCAACUCCUUUGGGGACAUUCUACAGCUGGUUAUUGUGGAGCUGAUCUAUAAAGUCUGUCACAAUAACCCCUCUGAGAGAGCUCGUUUUAUCCGCUGUAUUUACAACCUCCUGAACUCCCAGAGUCCCGCUGUUCGCUACGAGGCAGCUGGUACCCUAGUCACCUUGUCUAGUGCCCCUACAGCAGUCAAGGCUGCCGCUAGCUGUUACAUUGAACUGAUCAUCAAAGAAAGUGAUAACAAUGUCAAACUAAUUGUGUUGGAUCGACUGAUUGCACUGAAGGAGGUACCUGCCCAUGAGAAAGUCUUGCAGGACCUUGUGAUGGAUAUUUUGAGAGUCCUCAGUGCCCCUGAUUUAGAAGUAAGGAAAAAGACCUUGACCCUGGCCCUUGACCUUGUGUCCUCAAGGAACAUUGAAGAGAUGGUCCUGGUGCUCAAAAAAGAAGUGGUAAAGACUAACAAUGUAGAACAUGAGGACACAGGGAAGUACCGACAGCUGCUGGUCAGAACCCUCCAUCAGUGUUGUAUCAAAUUCCAGGAUAUUGCCACCACCAUUAUACCUGUGUUGAUAGAGUUCCUGGGAGACCAGAAUGAGCUUGCUGCUUUAGACGUGCUGGUCUUUGUUCGGGAGGCCAUCCAGAGAUUUGAGUCUCUGAGGGGACUGAUCAUCAGUAAGCUACAGGAAGUCUUCCCCUCCAUCAAAGCCAUGAAGAUUCAUAGAGCUGCCUUGUGGAUUUUGGGAGAGUACUGUGAAUCUAAUGAGGAUAUACAGAAUGUGAUGACUAUGAUCAGACAGGCUCUUGGAGAGAUUCCAAUUGUGGAUGAUGAGAUUAAGAAAGCAGCGGGAGAAGUGGAAGAAGAUGAGAUGCAGUCGGGAGGACAGGUACAGAAGCUGGUGACGGCUGAUGGUACCUACGCCACACAGAGUGCAUUUAGUACUGCUUCAUCCUCAGCAAAGAAGGAAGAGAGACCCCCAAUGAGGCAGUACAUGAUGGAUGGAGACUUCUUUGUAGGAGCUGCCCUGGCUACCACACUGACAAAACUGGCCCUGAAGUAUAUUGCUAAUACUCCAGACUUGAAAAGGCAAAAUUCCUUAGUGGCUGAGUCUAUGUUGAUCAUGGCAGCCAUCAUUCAUCUUGGAAAGUCUGGACUGCCCACAAAGCCAAUAACUGACGAUGAUGUGGAUAGAAUAGCCACCUGUCUGAGAGUUCUGGCCGAGAAAACUCCGAUGAUGGGGGAGAUCUUCAACAGAGAUUGUAGACAGUCCCUCUCCAUGAUGCUGACAGCCAAAAUGGAGGAAGAAAAGGAAUUACAAAAGGCCUCUGAGAAGAGAGCUGUGAAGGUACAAGCUGACGAUCCUAUAAUGUUUGCACAGCUUAUUACAGAAUCUGACUGUAGAGCUAGCUACUCUAUAAGUGUACUAGAUAUACUGGUGGUCAACCAGACCUCUGACACAUUACAGAAUCUGACUGUAGAGCUAGCUACUCUAGGUGACCUGAAGUUGGUAGAAAAACCCACACCGAUGACCAUGGCACCCCAUGAUUUCUGUAACAUUAAAGCUAAUGUUAAAGUAGCUUCCACAGAAAAUGGAAUCAUAUUUGGAAAUAUUGUGUACGAUGUCAGCGGAGCAGGAAGUGACCGUAACUGUGUGGUGCUGAACGACAUCCACAUUGACAUCAUGGAUUACAUCGUCCCCGCCUCCUGUGACGACACGGAAUUCCGACAGAUGUGGGCGGAGUUUGAGUGGGAGAACAAGGUGGCCGUCAAUACCAAUGUCUCAGAUCUCGCCGAGUUCUUACAGCACGUCAUCAAGAUGACCAACAUGAGGUGUCUCACUCCUGAAAAGGCAUUACAAGGUGACUGUGGAUUUAUGGCGGCUAACUUGUAUGCCAAGUCUAUCUUUGGAGAAAACGUGCUGGCAAAUCUUAGCAUUGAGAAACCUGCCCAUCUGUUCAGAUAUGCCCCAGUUCAAGGUCACAUCUGAAUCAGGGCAAAAGUCAGGUAAGAGAAGCGA